AUGUCCGCCGAUCUCGAUUCCCGGCCCAGCCUGCCCAAAAUUCGAGUCGGAAUCAGCCUCCGGGACGCUCCCCGGCCCUGCACCAGCGGCGGCGGCGAAGACGAAAUUGGCUGCGCGGUAGCUCUGAACGAUAAUUCGGAUCGGAAUCCGGCGGAGAAGGAGAUCGAAAAUUCCAGCGAGGAGGAGGAGUGCCGGACACCGAAAUCGGCGGAAUUCAAGAUCCCGGCUGUCCUGAGCUGCCCGCCGGCGCCGAGGAAGCCGAGGAGGAAGGCGAUCCCCUGCAAGCGGAAGCUGGAGCCGGAAUUCGAAUUCUUCGACGCGGUCAACCGGGAGGAAGUGGAAUCGUUCUUCCGAUCCGGUUUCCAGCUCGCCAAGCGGAUCCGCUGCCCCGAUCUCGUUUCCUUGUAA